AUGUGGCUGAAGCAGAGAGAAGAAAAAGGGCCGAACUUGCUGGAAAAUCGCAACCUGAAAGUCGCCGGCGUUGGAGCCCACAGGCUGAUCCGUGUAGACAAACCUGGAUCCUUAUUUAGUCGAACCUGGAUCCGUGUAGACGAACCUGGGUUUAUCCGUGUAGACGAACCUGGGUUUAUCCGUGUAGAUCCUUAUUUAGUCUUGCUUUUAGACAAACCUGGAGAUCACAUGGGAAACGGAAAAGAAGACAUGUCUAAUGCAGAGCCAUCUAGCUCAAAUCCCCCACCCGCGCAUGGUGGUUACCCAUUUCAACAUGGCAUGGAAGACCCAGUAUCUCGCAUUAGUACAAGCUCCAUUACAAGCAAGUUCGAAGGUAUAGAGGAUAAUAGACCCGAUGGUUGGGAAACCGAAUCGCCAUGUACAUCCUCUAGAGUUGAUGAAUGUGUUGCAGAUAGACCAGAUGCACAGGAUAAUAGGCCCGAUGGUGGGGAAACUGAAACCCCCACCACCAGUGCCGGAGCAUCUGAGAAAGUGCAAAUGGAUGGUGAUGAUGUGCCAAAGUCCAAGAUGGAGUUUAAUUCGUUAGAAGAUUUAAUGAGUUAUUAUAAGGAAUAUGGUAAGAAAUGUGGGUUUGGGGUGAUGACAAAGAGGAGUGAGAGGGGAGAGGAUGGGACUGUUAGAUAUGUCACACUUGCCUGUGCCCGUGGUGGGAAGGCUCGGAAUCGGAUUUUGAACGUUGCCAACCCUCGUCCGACAGGAAAGACAGAAUGUAAGGCAAAGAUUAAUGCCUCAAAAACUGCUGACGGAAAGUUUCGGCUGAAUACAGUUCACAAUAUCCAUAAUCACAACCUGAGCCCAAAGAAAUCACGCUUCUUUCGAUGUAAUCGAGAAGUAAGUGAAACUGUAAAAAGAGUCCUUGAUACAAAUGAUAUGGCUGGGAUUCGUAUGAAUAAGAGUUUCGGAUCGCUUGUUGUUGGUGCGGGUGGAUUUGAGAACCUCCCAUUUUUGGAAAAGGAUUGCCGUAACUACAUCGACAAGGCACGACAUCUACGACUGGGCGCAGGUGGUGCUGGGGCGCUGCAAGACUACUUUUUAAGAAUGCAGUACAAAAAUCCGGGGUUCUUUGCAUUGAUGGACCUGGAUGAUGAUGGUAGGUUAAAGAAUGUAUUCUGGGCAGACCCCCGGAGUAGAGCUGCGUACCAAUAUUUCGGUGAUGUGGUCACAUUCGACACCACAUACCUGACGAACCGAUAUGGGAUGCCCUUUGCACCAUUUGUUGGUGUAAACCACCAUGGGCAAUCAAUUUUGUUGGGAGCUGGCUUGAUUUCCUCAGAGGAUACUGAGACCUUCGUGUGGUUAUUCCGGACCUGGUUGCAGUGUAUGGAUGGUAUAGCGCCGAAGGCUAUUAUCACUGAUCAAGACAGAGCGAUGAAAAAUGCCAUUUCAAUUGUUUUCCCCGAAAGCCGACAUCGAUUUUGCCUUUGGCAUAUACUUAAGAAAGUCCCUGAAAAGCUUGGAAGCUAUGGUUCCUACAAAUCUGGAUUGAAAACUACACUAAUGAAAUGUGUGUAUGACACCCAAACUCGGGAAGAGUUUGAGAAUUGUUGGGAUCGGUUCAUCACCACGUACAACUUGCAUGAGAAUGUGUGGUUGAAGAGUCUAUACACUGAGCGUGAGUACUGGACAAACCUGAAAGAGUUUGUCGAUCAAUAUGAUAAUGCCUUGAAAAAGAAAAUUGAGAACGAAAAUGUUGCGGACUUCCACUCAUUUAAUGUCACAAUUCCCUGCAUCUCUAGAUCUCCAAUUGAAAAGAGAUAUCAAGAUUUGUACACCAAUGGGAAGUUUAGGGAAGUUCAGCAACAACUUGCCCGCGUCAUCGACUUAGACCCAGUUUUACUCAAGGUGGACGGUACAGUAAAGACCUUUGUAGUAGAGGAUGAAGUUUGUCUCGAAGAGUUCACGAAGUUGGUUACACAUUCAGUCCAGUUUAGUCAGGAAGAUACAGGUGCUGCAAAGUGUUCUUGUGGUUUAUUUGAAAUGAGGGGGAUAGUGUGCCGGCACAUCUUCGUUGUUUUCAAAUGUAACGGGGUUAAAUCAUUGCCAGAUAGGUACAUUUUGGAUCGAUGGAGGAAGGACAUCAAAAGAAGAUACAUGUUAAUCCAUAGCAGCUACGACACAGUACAUCAACGGGAGGAUUCUAUUGCUUAUUCUAGUCUUUUGAACAUCUGUUAUAAGAUGAUUACUCAUGCUGCGGGUUCGAGAGAACAUACUUUGGAUGCAACUAAUAAGUUGCAUGCAAUGAUUGACCUCUAUUCUGGGAAUUUGGAUCCCACAGCACAUGCAAGUGAUACCGCAAAUGUUACAGCAACUGUUGGUUCUUCAAAACAAGUUCUCAGUCCACAUAUUGUCAGAGGGAAAGGGAGACCCCCAUCUCUGAGGAGAGCAUCUAGGAUGGAGAGAGACUUGCGAAAAGUUAAAGAGAAGACCAAGCGAGCACAGGGAAAGGGAAAACGCAAGCAGCGAGACGGAGAAGAUAUAUCAGUCGUAGACGUCCGCAAGAAUUUAUUUGGUGUCGUGCAAACUGAGCUUGAAAGCAUACCAGCUGCUGACCCCGUAGGUGCCCAACCCGAAGAAAGACUAAUGCAAAGCCAAGAAAGUGUACGUGAAUCCUAACUUGUGGUAUGGAUGAUAAUUUUAAUACUAAGUUUGACAUCAUAUGGUGUUCAUGAAUUUUAUUGGUCUACAGAUGCAAU